AUGGACCAACCAGGCAUAAACCAACCAGGUUUGAACCAACCAAAUGUAACACAACCAGGUGCAAGUGAACCAGAUAUGAACCACCCAGACAUAAGACAAUCAGGCCCAGGCAAAACAGACAUGAAUCAAACAGUUAUGAGCCAAGCAGGCAGAAGCCCAUACAAUAUGAAACAACCAGGGCCCAGCCAACCAAACAUCAACCAGCCAAGCACGAGUCAACAAGGCAUGAACAAACCAGGUGUGACAAGAUCAGGUGCAAGCCAAACAGAUAUGAACCAACCAGGCCCAAGCCAACCUAAUAUGAAACAACCAGGGCCAAGCAUGGAUCAGCCAGUCAAGAGCAAACCAGACAUGAGCCAACAAGGUAUGAGGCAGCCAGACCCAAGCCAACUGGAUAUGAAACACCUAGGCAAAAGACAACCAGACAUGAAUCAAGCAGGCAUGAGCCAAACAAGCAUAUGGCAGCCAGGCCCACCUCCUCCCAACAUGAAGCAAAUGAACUCAUGGCAAUGGGGUCCAGGGUAUCCAGGUAGGAGACCACCAGACAUGUGGCAAAUAGAUCAAAGGAAUCAGGGAAUGAGACAAUCAGACACAGUGCAACCAGGUCCAAGCUAUGCGGGACAGAGACAACCAGAUACAUGGAAAUCAGAUCCAAGCUAUCCAGGAAUGAAACAAAAAGAAUCACAGCAAUGGGGGCCAAGCUCUGCAAGCUUCAGACAAACAGAUGCAUGUCAAUGGAGCCCAAGGCACUUAAACAAAAAAUUUUCAAAUUCAUGGCAAGCACACGUAGAUUUUUCAGCCAUCAGACAAUUAAGCUUCAGACAACAAGAUCCCACUGAACCAGGUAGGAAACAAUUUGACACAUUGCAACCAGACCCUCUUCAACCAGGUAUGAGACUGACAGUACCAAGCUCAGGACAACCAGGCCCCAGACAACCAUGUAUGAGACAAAAUGACAUACAGCAAUUGGACCUUAACCAACAAGGCAUGAAACAGUUGAGCACAUGGCAACCAGGCCUCUGCCCACAAGGCAUGAGGCAAUUGGGCACAUGGCAUCCAGGCCCCAGCCCACUAGGCAUGAAACAGUCAGGCACAUGGCAACCAGACCCCAGCCCACUAGGCAUGAAACAGUCAGGCACAUGGCAACCAGGCCCCAGCCCACUAGGCAUGAAACAGUCAGGCACAUGGCAACCAGACCCCAGCCCACUAGGCAUGAAACAGUCAGGCACAUGGCAACCAGGCCCCAGCCCACUAGGCAUGAAACAGUCAGGCACAUGGCAACCAGACCCCAGCCCACUAGGCAUGAAACAGUCAGGCACAUGGCAACCAGGCCCCAGCCCACUAGGCAUGAAACAGUCAGGCACAUGGCAACCAGACCCCAGCCCACUAGGCAUGAAACAGUCAGGCACAUGGCAACCAGGCCCCAGCCCACUAGGCAUGAAACAGUCAGGCACAUGGCAACCAGACCCCAGCCCACUAGGCAUGAAACAGUCAGGCACAUGGCAACCAGGCCCCAGCCCACUAGGCAUGAAACAGUCAGGCACAUGGCAACCAGACCCCAGCCCACUAGGCAUGAAACAGUCAGGCACAUGGCAACCAGGCCCCAGCCCACUAGGCAUGAAACAGUCAGGCACAUGGCAACCAGACCCCAGCCCACUAGGCAUGAAACAGUCAGGCACAUGGCAACCAGGCCCCAGCCCUCUAGGCAAGAAAUUGUCAGGCACCUGGCAACUGAGCUUCAGCCAACUAGGCAUAAGACUGUCCAACACAUGUCAACUAGGCCCUAGACCACCAGCUAUGAUGCAAUUAGACACAAAGCAACUUGGCCCCAGCCUAUCAGGCAUGAAAGAUUUAGACAUAGAGCAAUCAAGCCCCAGCCUACCAAGCAUGACAAAAUCUGACACAUGUCAAUCAGGCCCCAGCCAAUCAGGCAUGAAAGAGCCAGACAGAUGGCAACCAGGCACCAGUCAACCAGGCAGGAUAGAGUUGAACACACAGCAAUCAGGCACCAGCCAACCAGGUAUUAAACAGUUGCAUUCGUGGCAAUGGGGUCCCAACUACCCAGGCAGGAUAGAAUCAGAAAAAUGGCAAAUAGGCCCCAGCCCCCCAGGUAUGAGACAAUUGGAUUCAUGGCAACCAGGCCCAAGCCAAUUGGGCAUGAGAUAUUCAGACCCAUACCCACGGGUCCCAAGCCGCUACUCAGGAAUGAGACAGUCAGAUUUAUGGCAACUGAGCCCCAGACAAUUAGGCACAAGACAAUCAGAUGCAUGGCAAACAUGUCCAAGCCACCCAGGCAUGAAACAAUUGGAUACAUGGCAACAAAGUCCCAUAAUCCCUGGUGUAAGACAAUUAUACACAUGGAAGCCAAGCACCAGUUUCCCAGGCACAGGACAAUCAGAAAAAUGGCAAUUAGAUCCCAGCAACCCAGACAUGAGACUAUCAGAUAUUUGGGAACCAAUGCCAAAGCAAUCCAAGACAAAUACCACCCAACCAGGAACUAGUCAAUUAGAUACAAACCAAAUAGGCACUACCCAACCAAGGAGCCAAGGAGAAAUGGCACAAUCAGAUACAUCAAUGACAAGUCCAAGCCAACCAGAGAUGAAAGCCAGCUCAUCAGACACCACCAGCCAAUCAGACUUAAGUCAAAUAGGCAUAAGUCAACCAGAUAAAAGUCAAUUAGAGCCAAGUGAAUCAAGCAUGAGUGAUUUUGGUACAAAUCAACAAGGAAUGAUUCAAUUACCCACGAGAAAAACAAGUACUGUUCCUUUCUACAUAAGACCUGCUGAGCCUCAGGACUGCCCAGAUAUCCUGCAACUGAUAAAAGAAAUGGCUUCCUAUGAAGGCAUGCAAGAAAACGUGGCAUUAACAGAACUGGAUUUAUUCAGGGAUGGUUUUGGAGAUAAUCCACUUUUCUACUGCAUGGUUGCAGAAGUACCCACUCAACAAACAGAAUCAGGAGUAAAAACUAUUGGAUUUGCCAUGUACUACUACACAUACAACCCAUGGAUUGGCAAACUGCUUCACCUAGAGGAUUUUUACAUCACUGAAGGUUACCAAGGUCUAGGUAUUGGGGCUGCUAUGCUGAAGAAGCUAAGUCAGAUAGCCAUCAACACCCAAUGCAGUGCCAUGCAGUUUCUUGUUGUCAUUUGGAAUGAGGAUUCCGUUGUGUACUAUACUCGCCAAGGGGCUGUGGACCUUUCCUGUGAGGAAGGCUGGCAUUUGUUCAGAUUUAACAUGGAAGAUCUCCUGGAACUUGCAGAGGAAACAUGA